AAAGGGGAGAGAGGGGGGACAAAAAGGCGCUUUCGUAAUUUUUACGCACCAGAAAGCAAUAACGGAAUACAAGGGGGACAGACCGAUUCAGUCAAUACUUCAAUUCUGUUAUGAAGCGAGAAUGAGCAACGCAGAAGACAGCGGGAGCAAGUGCUCGUCGGGCCCGAUUUCCAGCUUUACCAUCCAGUCUAUUCUGGGCACGCCGUCCGAUGCGCCUCGCUCCGGGACCAAGGCUCUCUCCAAGGGUCCGCCGCCUCCACCGCCGCUGCCUGUGCCGCUGCAGCGAAGGCGCUCGCUGUCGGUGUCCUCCGAGGACGAGUGCAGCGGCGGGGAGGACUCAGCGGACUGCUUCUGCUCCGACACCGGUCACAGCGAGCCAUGCAGCCAAGCGCACAACUUCUCAUGUUUAGGUGCCGCUAAAGGACUCAUGUCUGGGAGCGACGCGCUGGCACGGCGGCCGCACCUUGCGCACCAGCCUCUGCUGAAGGACUAUAAGGAGGAGCAGGAGCGGCCGUGCCACCAGAUGUCACCGCUGUCGGAGGAGAGACACUCGGACGGCGCGGACAAGACGGGCAACUCGGCCAAGAAGAAGACGCGCACGGUUUUCUCCCGGAGUCAGGUGUACCAGCUGGAGUCCACCUUCGACAUGAAGCGCUACCUGAGCAGCUCGGAGCGGGCCUGCUUGGCCUCCAGCCUGCAGCUGACGGAGACUCAGGUCAAGACGUGGUUUCAGAACCGGAGGAACAAAUGGAAACGGCAGCUCUCGGCCGAGCUGGAGGCGGCCAACAUGGCCCACGCCUCCGCACAGACACUGGUGGGGAUGCCGCUGGUUUUCAGAGAUAACUCCUUACUGCGCGUCCCCGUCCCGCGGUCUAUCGCCUUUCCGACGCCCCUGUAUUACCCGGGGAGCAACCUGCCAGCGUUACCUUUAUACAACCUGUACAACAAGAUCGAGUAUUGAUUGACUCUACUGUAUGUUCACCACUGCAGUCCACGUAAAAAAAAACUCAUUACUACAAUACAUUCAUAUAAGUGUCUCCACAUUAACCCCUGUAUAUCAAUUGUACCACUUUAUUUGUUGAGGAACUUAUUAUGCAGCAGCUGUGCGUCUCACGAGAAAGCCACCAAGCUUCCCUAUAUGUAUAAAAAUACACCAUGUGUAUAAUUAAUUAUAAUAAUUUUGUAUUUUUAUUGUAUUUUUCUCCUUUAACUGGUAAAACACUGGAGUUUAGGAUUCAUAUCACGAUGGAGAAAUGUUUUUUUAAUUCAUCACAGGUUCGUUGAACAAAUUGCAAAACAGCAGUCAGUCAUUUUAUUUCACCUGACAGGAACUAAUACUGCUGACAGGAAGAGAACACUUCUUCCAUUUAAAGGGGAAAAUACCAUCGUUUCUAUUGUAAUUUAGAUCUUCAAUAAUAACCUUCUCAUUCAAUAAAUUUUCUAUUUCAGUGAAAAUUGGGCUGGCUUGGUUUUAUUUUAUGCAAUGUUUAUUUUUGUGUGCUAUGACUUUACUGUUAACAGGACUGCAUUUUUGGCACGGACGGUAAAUAUUUAGUGAAAAAGGCAAAUGUUAUUUUUUACUCAGUUAUCUUAAAAAAAAUGUGUCUUAUAAAAAAAAAAAUCAUACAAACACAUUCUAUUAUGAGGCAUUAACAACCCAUGAUAAUCUACUAUAUUAAAGGAUCGUGAUACUUUUAUUAGCUGCUCUCAAAAUAAGUGAGGAAAAAGAGCUGGUGGGAAUUAUAUAAAAAUUGUAUUUUACAUAAAUGUAGACUCUUACAUCUUUACCCCUUACCAUUACAUCAACUGUUUUUUGACAGGUGCAUUUCAAUUUAAUCUCUGGACGUUUUUUAAAAUGGAUGUAAUAUGAAGUGUAACACAGUCGUCCCUCUGCGAGACUCGUACUGUAGCUUCCAUAUUUGUUUGACU